GCGCGGCGGUCGCGCCAGCCUCCUUCUCUUCCUCCUCCCCCAGGAAGCCAUCCGGGCUUGAGGCCGGGCCGCCGCUGCCCGCUUCGCCGCGCGUCCCUGCCGAUGGUGUCCGGCGUCCCGGCGCCCAGCCUGUGAACAGCCAAGCCUGCUAACUGCAGAUUCCCAGCCUGCGGAGCUCCCUACAGCUUCGCCAUGUCUGGCUCCUACGAUGAGGCCUCAGAGGAGGUCACGGAUAGCUUCUGGGAGGUGGGGAACUACAAGCGGACGGUGAAACGCAUCGACGAUGGCCACCGCCUGUGCAACGACCUCAUGAGCUGCGUGCAGGAGCGCGCCAAGAUCGAGAAGGCGUACGCGCAGCAGCUCACCGACUGGGCCAAGCGCUGGCGGCAGCUCAUCGAGAAAGGCCCGCAGUAUGGCAGCCUGGAGCGGGCGUGGGGCGCCAUGAUGACGGAGGCGGACAAGGUGAGCGAGCUGCACCAGGAGGUGAAGAACAGCUUGCUGAAUGAGGACCUGGAGAAAGUCAAGAACUGGCAGAAAGACGCCUACCACAAGCAGAUCAUGGGCGGCUUUAAGGAGACCAAGGAGGCGGAGGAUGGCUUUCGAAAGGCCCAGAAGCCCUGGGCGAAGAAAAUGAAGGAGCUAGAGACAGCCAAGAAGGCCUAUCAUCUGGCUUGCAAGGAGGAGAAGCUGGCCAUGACUCGUGAGAUGAACAGUAAGACGGAACAGUCAGUCACCCCUGAGCAGCAGAAGAAACUUCUGGACAAAGUGGACAAAUGCAAGCAGGAUGUGCAGAAGACUCAGGAGAAGUAUGAGAAGGUUCUGGAAGACGUGGGCAAGACCACGCCGCAGUACAUGGAGGGCAUGGAGCAGGUGUUCGAGCAGUGCCAGCAGUUUGAGGAGAAGCGACUGGUCUUUCUGAAAGAAGUCCUGCUGGAUAUCAAACGGCACCUCAACCUAGCGGAGAACAGCAGCUACAUCCAUGUGUACCGAGAGCUGGAACAGGCCAUCCGGGGGGCCGAUGCCCAGGAGGACCUCAGGUGGUUCCGCAGCACCAGUGGCCCCGGGAUGCCCAUGAACUGGCCGCAGUUCGAGGAGUGGAACCCGGACCUCCCCCACACCACUGCCAAGAAGGAGAAACAGCCUAAGAAAGCAGAAGGGGCCACACUGAGCAACGCCACUGGGGCUGUGGAGUCCACAUCCCAGGCUGGGGACCGAGGCAGUGUUAGCAGCUAUGACCGAGGCCAACCGUACGCCACUGAGUGGUCAGACGAUGAGAGCGGAAACCCCUUCGGGGGGAAUGAGGCCAAUGGUGGCGCCAACCCCUUCGAGGAUGAUGCCAAGGGAGUACGGGUGCGGGCGCUCUACGACUACGAUGGCCAGGAACAGGAUGAGCUCAGCUUCAAGGCGGGAGACGAGCUCACCAAGCUGGGAGAAGAGGACGAGCAGGGCUGGUGCCGCGGGCGGCUGGACAGCGGGCAGCUGGGCCUCUACCCGGCCAACUACGUCGAGGCCAUAUAGUGACCUUGCCCACCCAACUCUUCUCAUCCUUGUCCACCGCCUUCCACCCUUCCCCUCCCCUCGCCAUAGAGUUCCAGACAUAUUUUCCGAUCAAGCUUUUAUUUUUUUAAAAGUCAAAACCGAACAAAAGAAGAUAUACGAAGAGACGGCAUUUGCGGCCUACAUGGAGGCCAGAGUAGCGGGGCUUAGGGUGAUGGCCUCCCCACAGCAUGGGCAAGGAUCUUGGGCCUUAGCCCAGUGUCACAUCUGCUCUACGGAGUCCACCAAAGAGUCUCCUGAAUCCUGAGGGAUACCCUCCGGAGCCUUCCGGCCUGCCUCACUCUCCUGUCCCACCCCAGGCUGCCAGCAGCUAGCUACCCUUGUCACCUGAGCCUGGCUUCCUAACCUCUCCUGGCCCCCUUCUGUCACCACCCUCCUCGUAAAGGCCUCUACCACACUCCAAGAAGGAGUUCCCCCAGUCUUUAGUCUUCCAUUCUGCCCUGGGG